AUGAAAAGCUACAGGGGUUUAUCUAAUCCUCAACUCUUUAUCAUUAACUGUUCCAGAAACAUGUCCGACAAUGAGAGAGAUGAUCCUUUUCAGGUAAAGCAGCUAGCAGUACAGUUUGAUUAUGUGCUGUACAAAAUAAAGGAUAAAGUUGAGCAAAUGGCAGAAACUACCCAAGCCUCUAUUUUGAAGGAUAAGGAACAACAGGAUCUGGAAAUAAGUAGGGUCAAGCAAUCGAUCAGCAGAGAUGAGCUACUUUUGAAACAAUGUGACGAGCUAGAAUCUGAAUUUGAAAAACUAGACCAGUUAUCGGUGAUUACAGGGGAGUUCAGGCAUAGAAUCAAGGAAGUUGAGAAGAAACUAAGGAGCAAAAAAAGGUGA